AUGAAGCUGGCUCUGCUCCUGCCGUGGGCGUGCUGCUGCCUGUGCGGCUCGGCGCUGGCCACCGGCUUCCUCUACCCGUUCCCGGCCGCAGCCCUGCAGCAGCAGCACGGCUACCCCGAGCCGGGCGCCGGCUCUCCUGGAAGCGGCUACGCGAGCCGCCGGCACUGGUGUCAUCACACGGUGACCCGGACGGUGUCCUGCCAGGUGCAGAAUGGCUCGGAGACAGUGGUCCAGCGUGUGUACCAGAGCUGCCGGUGGCCUGGGCCCUGCGCCAACCUCGUGAGGGCUCUCAUCAGGCCCACGUACAGGGUGUCCUACCGCACGGUGACGGCGCUGGAGUGGAGGUGCUGCCCUGGCUUUACCGGGAGCAACUGUGAGGAGGAAUGCAUGAACUGUACCCGGCUGAGUGACAUGAGUGAGCGGCUGACCACACUGGAGGCCAAGGUCCUCCUGCUGGAGGCAGCAGAGCAGCCCUCAGGCCCGGACAACGGCCUGCCCGCCCCGCAGAGCACCCCGCCCUGGAGUGAGGACUUCCUCCCGGGCGCCAUCCCCCUGGCUCACCCGGGGCCCCAGAGGAGAAGGCCCACGGGCCCAGCCGGGCCCCCAGGGCAGACUGGGCCACCAGGGCCUGCAGGUCCCCCGGGCUCCAAAGGUGACCGGGGCCAGGCAGGAGAGAAGGGUCCAGUGGGGCCUCCAGGGCUCUUGGGACCGCCCGGGCCCCGUGGGCUUCCUGGAGAGAUGGGGCGCCCCGGUCCCCCAGGACCCCCGGGCCCAGCGGGCAGCCCGGGCCUCUCGCCGAGCAGUCCCCAAGGUGUCCUCUACUCUCUGCAGCCGCCUACGGACAAGGACAAUGGAGACGCCCAGCUGGCACCUGCCGUGGUGGACACUGUGCUGGCGGGCAUCCCAGGGCCCCGAGGUCCCCCCGGCCCCCCGGGUCCCCCCGGACCACACGGCCCCCCGGGACCCCCAGGAGCACCAGGAUCCCAGGGCCUGGCUGGCGGGCAGCCCGUGGAGGGACCGGCUGGCCAACCUGGAGUGAAGGGAGCAGAGGGGGACAAGGCGGCGGCCACAGAGGGCGAGGGGGUGCAGCAGCUGCGGGAGGCGCUGAAGAUCCUGGCCGAGAGGGUCCUCAUCCUGGAGCACAUGAUCGGCAUCCACGAUCCCCAGGCCUCCCCUGAGGGCGGCUCGAGCCAGGACGCGGCCCUGAGAGCCAACCUCAAGAUGAAGCGGGGCGGCCCCCCACCCGACGGCGCCCUCGCUGCCCUGCUGGGUCCCGACCCUGCGCACAAGAGCGCUGACCGGACCAGUGGCAGGAAGUGA